AUGAUUCAGCGGGGUCAUAUUUUAGAGUACAAAUCUGUAAAGUUGUUUGCCGACUUUGCGUUGCUCCACAUGCUUCAGCACUCGACUUCAGCUGAAGUCAAAUAUGUGCCACGAUAUGGCAAGCUUGUGGCUAUCGCACGUCGAUUAUAG